AUGACUAUCAUCCCAUACUGCUUCGUCGACAAGCGGUCAUACGACAAACUGAAUUGUAAGGUCAGAGCCGCAGUCAGGCUCUGGUCUGAUGCUCUCGGCGAUUUCAGAGACGGGAUAUGGGGCCCUGAGAACAAACAUAGCCUGGCUUUCCUUCCGCCUCCCAACCUGCCCAGGUCGCAAAACUUCAACCCAUACUGUUGCAACUACUAUACAUAUGGCGGAGAGGGCAUGAAGCUCGAUCGAAUGACAGAACUGAAGUGUGAUUGGAACACGAACGAUUACCCUACUGACACUCUAACAAUACAUUGGCUUGACGAUGUUAAAGGGGAGGGUGGUGCCAUAGCAACCCUCGGUUACUAUCAUGAUGUACCGGGUGAAGAAUCAGUACCGGGACGACACGAUAUAGUCAUUUCGGAAAGCGCCAACACUCAUACCAUCGCGCAUGAGCUCGGGCACGUUCUUGGUAUGGCUCACGAGCACCAGCGAUGGGACCGUGAUGACUAUGUGUACUUUCGCUGCGAGAACGUCAAAGGCAUGAAAGAGAGGGUCGAAUACGCGCACAGAUUGAAUGGUGUCCCCAAUGGUAUCCCGAUAGGAGAGGUGUGGGAGUUUCUAUGCGAGAAGUAUGCCCAAGCUACGUUUUGGGAAGCACCAAGCAGAGCUUGGAUAAGAGGCGAUGGUUUCAAGGACAUCGACGAAGGAAAAUCAUUAGAUGGACCGGAUGGCUUCGAUUACGACUCGAUCAUGAUGUAUGGGUCGGCUCAAGGUGUAGCAGUACCGUACUUAAGCCAAGUCACUAUGCACACUGCUACCUUGGUCAAGAUCAAGAAGAAUCCUACGACCGGGGAGAAAUUCAUUGACCGGAACGAUUGGUGGCUUCCAAUCCCGACGCGGGUGUCCCAGAAGGAUGCUGCCUUUGUGCGCAGAUUUUAUCCGUGGGGGCAGCCGUGGAAACCACCUCAGAACCCGCCACCGGCGCUUCCGAACCCACCACCAGAGAUCGAGGAUCCACCGCCUGAACCUCAAGGUCCAGCGCCUGUUCCACAGGCUCCAUCGACGCCGCCUCCGGGAACACCACCGCCUAUACCUCCACGUCCAACACGGCGUCCCGCAAAGCCAUCCGAGAGUUCAUGA